UCUAAAUCCACAUCAUUCACGAAAAAAUAUAUCAUUUGUUAUUGCUUUUAUCGUUUUAAUUACAUGAGAAGAGAUCAAAAAUAUAAAAAUAGAAGAAUAAAAUGGCCUUAACACCAACGCAAACAAUUUUUGGAAAAAUUGCUGCGAUUUUAGGAAUGCUACAAGGGUUAGCUUGGACAUGCAUGUCUUUGGCAUGCAUAAUUGUUUAUAGAAGUGAAAAACAAAUAGGAACAACAUCUACUUCGUAUUCAACUUUGUUGAAUUCGAUGUUUUAUAUGUAUUAUUUAAGUAAAACACCAAAUACUGGUCAGCUUAGCGCUGUGAUAAGACCAAAGGACUUUGAAAUUUUUAUGUGGUUUUAUUUUUUCUUCAGCGUGGCGUUGCUUACUGCGUCUAUUGAUCUGUUUAUUGCUAUUCGUCAAAACAAGAACAGGCAAUCCAAAUUGAUGGUGCUGUGGGGAAUUGUAACUGGUUGUACUUCCGUAAUCGACAUAAUCUUCGCCUCUUUGUUAUUAAGAGAUUUUGCCAACUGUCCUAAUCAGUCAACAACAUUCAAUGUUGUGGAUAAUUGUCACACAGCUAUUGGCAUCCCUAUGACUUUGGCAGCUAGAGGAUUCGUGUUAUGGGCAGUAAAUAUAUUCUUGACUUAUAUGUUGAUAGCCGGUGGUAUACAGAUUAUAACACACGUUAGAGUAAAGAAUGCCAUUCAGGAUAUUUCAAUUCCAAGGCCAAAAGUCCAACAGGCACCUUUAAAGCCAGUUUACGCUAGUUAUCCCUCAGAGACUUCCCUAGAACAGCCACAGAUGUACCAAAAUGGUCGAAAUGAUUAUCCGUCGUUCAUACAAAGUGGAAACAGAAUAAAUUACUAAGAAAAUUUAAUACGAAAAGAACAAUAUUUUGUUUAAUUAUAGUUUUUACGAUUUUUUAAGAGCGAUAUAACUAAUAUAAAAUGAAAUUUUAAUGUAACUCUUCAUCAAUAUUGUUCUGUUGUUAGAAAUCUUUUCCCAAAUAAAAUCAAAUUUUUUUACUACUUUUUUGAAUAUUGUGAUGCCUCCUUGUAUGUUGGCUUAAUAGUUUUAUUUUGUUUUUAAUUAAAAAAAUGUAUUACUAUAUUAUUUAGUUUUGAAAUAGUUGUAUUAGAAAUUUAUUUUUUACUAAAAACAUGUUUAU